AUGCACGUGCGCUCGCUGCGCGCCGCGGCGCCCCACAGCUUCGUGGCGCUCUGGGCGCCCCUGUUCCUGCUGCGCUCCGCCCUGGCCGACUUCAGCCUGGACAACGAGGUGCACUCGAGCUUCAUCCACCGGCGCCUCCGCAGCCAGGAGCGGCGGGAGAUGCAGCGCGAGAUCCUCUCUAUCUUGGGCUUGCCCCAUCGCCCGCGCCCCCACCUCCAGGGCAAGCACAACUCGGCGCCCAUGUUCAUGCUGGACCUGUACAACGCCAUGGCGGUGGAGGAGGGCGGCGGGCCCGACGGCCAGGGCUUCUCCUACCCCUACAAGGCCGUCUUCAGUACCCAGGGCCCCCCUCUGGCCAGCCUGCAAGAUAGCCGCUUCCUCACCGACGCCGACAUGGUCAUGAGCUUCGUCAACCUCGUGGAGCACGACAAAGAGUUCUUCCACCCACGUUACCACCACCGGGAGUUCCGGUUUGAUCUUUCCAAGAUCCCAGAAGGGGAAGCCGUGACCGCAGCCGAAUUCCGCAUCUACAAGGACUACAUCCGGGAACGCUUCGAUAAUGAGACGUUCCGGAUCAGCGUUUACCAGGUGCUUCAGGAGCACUUGGGCAGGGAGUCAGACCUGUUCCUGCUGGACAGCCGCACGCUCUGGGCCUCGGAGGAGGGCUGGCUGGUGUUCGACAUCACGGCCACCAGCAACCACUGGGUGGUCAACCCACGGCACAAUCUGGGCCUGCAGCUCUGCGUGGAGACCUUGGACGGGCAGAGCAUCAACCCCAAGUUGGCGGGCCUGAUCGGGAGGCACGGGCCCCAGAACAAGCAGCCCUUCAUGGUGGCCUUCUUCAAGGCCACGGAGGUCCACCUUCGCAGCACCCGCUCCACAGGGGGCAAGCAACGCAGCCAGAACCGCUCCAAGACGCCCAAGAACCAGGAAGCCCUGCGGGUGACCAACGUCGCAGAAAACAGCAGCAGUGACCAGAGGCAGGCCUGUAAGAAACACGAGCUGUACGUGAGCUUCCGAGACCUGGGCUGGCAGGACUGGAUCAUCGCUCCCGAAGGCUAUGCUGCUUACUACUGCGAGGGGGAGUGUGCCUUCCCUCUGAACUCCUACAUGAACGCCACCAACCACGCCAUCGUGCAGACGCUGGUCCACUUCAUCAACCCGGAGACGGUGCCCAAGCCGUGCUGUGCCCCCACGCAGCUCAACGCCAUCUCUGUGCUGUACUUCGACGACAGCUCCAACGUCAUCCUGAAGAAAUACAGAAACAUGGUCGUCCGGGCCUGUGGCUGCCACUAGUCCCUCCCCGGAGCUCAGAUCCUCGGGGGCCACGUUCUUUCAGGAUCCUCGGUCUCCCGCCACCCCCUGCCUUGGCAAGGCACCAGCAGACCCGCCGCCCCUCGAGAGGCCUGUCCCGCCCCCGUCCCCAACCUCAACGGUGUGGGAGCGUCAAGGAAUUUGAGAGGUGAAUGCCUUUUGAUCAGGUUUUCACCGGCCUCCUAUGGACAAGAUCCUACAAGCUGCUGCAGGCAAAGCCUGAAGGAAAACAAUAUAUAUAUAAAGAAAAGUGGCCCGGCCGCGAUCAUUGGCUGUGAAGUCUCUGCCGUGCGCUGACUCGUUCCCAGGGGUAAUUAGGAGCGCCCUUCAGCCGGGCCCCCCAGCAGCGGGAGGAAGGGGGCGCGGCGAGGCGUGGGCGCGUUGUGUCUGUGCGCAAGGAGAGUUAACACAGAAGUUCCUGUAAUAAAUGUCACAAUAAAACGAAUGAACGAAAAUGGUUAGGAUGUUACAGAUAUAUUUUCCUAAACAAUUUAUCCCCAUCUCUUGGUUUACUCUGGUUUCGUAAACAGAAGCUGUGGCCGGGGGAGGAUGGGGAGACACCCCCCACCCCCCGUCAUUCUAGUCUGGUUUCAUUCUGAGACUUGCAGAGGCCCACUGUUUAUAUAGACCUGCCUAAAUCUAAGAUUUAGCCGGGCAGGGAAACGGCAGAUUUCUGCUCGCAGGAGGGGGGGUGUUGACCUUGAAGGAAAAACAUGUUCAGCUGGGUGUGUGUGUGUGUGUGUGUGUGUGUGUGUGUGGUGGCAGAGAU